UCUCUCUACCUCUAGCUUUUAGCCAUCGCGGCUAACGACAACAUUUCCUGGACCUUUUCUCCUUCUAAAUUUAUUUUGUUUGUAUCUUUGUCGUUCUUGUUUGUGUGAAGACUGUGAGAUGGUUGUGUUGAAUAGCAAUAACAGUGAGGAACAGGAUGUAAUCCUCAUUGAGCCACGCUGCUCAUCUCUGCCCAGCUCUCCUGCCAAACGUGUUUCUCCAGCCAAAAAGAAGCAGUUCUUUAUAAACCAGGCCAUCCGUAAUUCUGACCUCACUCCGAGAGCCAAGGGCAGGAAGAGUCUGAGACGCCAGGAAAACACUCGCUUUCUGGACAAUCUUUUGGAACGGGACGAGUGCUCUAAAGAGGAUGGUGAAGGGUACGAAACAGCUUCACCAACCAUCUUCACUGAAGCCUGCACCAAUGGAAACUAUGUGGAGUACUGGAGUGAUUUUAUGAAUCGUUCUGGGGAAGAGCAAGAGCGACUGUUGGCUCUUCUAGAGGAGGAAGCCCAGAGGACCCACUCCACCAAGAGCCAUAAAGACCAAAGAGAGGGUAAUCCUGAUUUCAGUGCGCAGGAAUGUUUCCAGAGGAUUGAUCGAAGGUUGCGUUCAACGCUGAGACGCAAACAUAUUCCCAUGGGAGUGUUGGAGGGGCUGGAGUCAGAUCUGCUGGGGUUCUUCAUGGCACAUCCAAACUCAAUUUACUUGACCAAACUUAGCAGCAGUUAUGAGCGACUGCUGCUUCAUGCUGUCUGCCAAUACAUGGAUCUUACCUCUGCUAAUGGAUACUUACAUCACGGCAAAUGGGGCUGGUGGAGAUACUUGGAGACCGUAAAUGUUUGGAUUUGGGGAGGCUCUGACUGUAAUGGUGCUCGCCAGACAGAGGUGGUCAACAAACAGGAAGAGUUUCUCCCUCCUCAGCCGCUGCUUUCUGCCUACCUGGAGCAGAUGAGCUGAGCUGCCAUGAAUCCUAGCCAGAACCAGUGCUGUUCGUCCAGCCAGAACUAGCACCAGUGCCCUUCACAUGGCCAGCGGGAACUCUGGAGUGGCUUUAAAGUCAAAGGACCUGGCCCUAACUAACUAGAGUGAUGUACUCAGUCUCAUGGUCUUUUUAAAUGCAUUUUCUGGUCUUUUGGAGCACCUAUAAGUAGAUGUUGUUAUACACCUCUCUUUAGAAAUUAUCUGAUUCUUUUUUCAUGUUCCACAAUUUUUCCAUUUGCUAUCAGUGGCCUCUUUAUAUUUAAGUAGAAACAUAGUGGUGUGUGAACUGAUCAAGAGGCAGAAUAUGAUUUGUUCAUAUUUCGAUGUGACAACCUCAUCAAAAUCUAAAUACACAUCAAAAAGCUAAUGGUGGUUAUUAGGCUGUUUCUGUUUGUUUACAUCUGAAGUAGUUAACAAUUCUCAUGCAUUUGUAAAAACUUGUAAUUCAACUCUUUUACUUCAGCCAAUCCUGCCUGACAACUAAAGAGUGAUCAGUAGACCUUUUGUGCCCAGCAUUCUAUUGAGAACUUGAAUUUGAGUUUUCAGUUACUCUGUCGAUUUCAUGGGUCAGGCACUUCUUAUUUACAUUAAUGGUCAACCAACAUGCACUUACAACUAUGCCUUACCUGUGCAGGCCAUGUUUGUAUUUAUAUAUUGAGCCUUUACAUCAAGGCUAUUAUGGUUUACAUACAGGGAAAUUAUUUUAAUGUUUUAUACCAUCAAGAGUCCUGAGACACUUGAGCAGUUCUUGCAUUGGUGUUUAUAACCAAAGUGUAUGUAUGCAUGUAUAAAACACUGAUUCUCAGGCAUCAACCCUCAUGAAUGUGGACAUUAAACAUUUACAUUACUCAUGUAAUCAUGUGGAAAUCACCUUUUUGUCAUAGUAGUGAGUGUUGAACCCUCUUUGGGGGAAAGAGUGUGCUUUCUAGAACAAUAUUUAUACUUGUGUGCCAAUAAUUGAGUUUAAUGCUAUUUAUACUGUGGUGGCAGAACAUGAAUAUAGAGUGCUUCUUUGUGUUAAGUUUUUAUCUGUGGCAAGUUAUCUGUACUUAGGACAAAUACAAUGAACACGAUCAUAGAUGUGUAAUUAUUAUAUGGAUUGGAUGCAAGUCAGUUUGGGCAUAUGAACCUAAACAUGAAAAUAAACUCGUUACUUAACUACA